AUGGCUAGCAGCAGUCCCAGGGAGAGUCUUCAGGGAGAAGCCGUUUGCCCCAUAUGCUGGGAAUACUACGUCAAGCCGAUCAUCCUGGACUGUGGGCACAAUUUUUGCCUGGCCUGCAUUUCUGAGUGCUGGAAGGAGUUUCCUGACAACACUGCCUGCCCCCAGUGCAGAGCCGCCGUAGAGAGAAGCAACUGCCGCCUAAACACCCCGCUGGCGAACAUGGUUCAGAUCGUCAAGCAGCUGAGUAGCCAGGGGAGGGACGAAGGGGCGUGGGUGAAGGUCUGUGCGGCGCACCCGGAGCCCUCCCGAGCGGUCUUCUGUAAGGAUGACGAAGUCAUCUUCUGCCAGGCAUGUGCAGGAUCCGAGCAGCACAGAGAUCACUGCCAGGCUCCUGUGGAGGAAGCUGCCCGGAUGUACAAGGAUUGCUUUUUUAGCUAUAUUGAGGUGCUAAAGAAGGAGAGGGCUGAGAUUGUGAAGCUGAAAGUCAACGUUGCAGAGUGGGGUGAUCAGCUGCUGAGAAACACUUAUUCAGAGAACCAAGCGAUAACGGCUGGGUUCAAGCAAUUGCAUGAAUUCCUGAUACACCAAGAGAACUACCUGCUGGCGCUCGUAGAGCCUGUGCCCAAGCAGGUGGGCAAGAAAAGGGACAAAGACUUGGCCCAUCUCUCUCUGGAGAUCUGCUCUCUAGAGAACAACAUCCGGCUGCUGCAGAAGAAGGCUUCGCAACCGGCACAUGAGUUCCUGCAGGAUCCCUGGAAGAGCUUUGACAGAUGUCAGGAUUCCCCUGGGUCUCCACGCCAGGGCACUUCUCGACGUCGUGCCUCUGCUUCUCCUCGACACAUCUCUCCACGUCAUGCGAAGGAACAUCUUACCAAGCGUCGCCGGUCUCUUUUGCCGUCGAUGGGGGACAUCUACUUAUCCGCUUCCUCGGACGAGGACAUUAUUGAAGUCCUGCUGAUGCUGGACGAUGCCAUGACUUAUCGCGCCCAUUUCAGGGACUGCCGAUUGGAGACUCUGGCAAAUGCCUGCUUGCUGAAUAGAGCCCACGUGACCUUGGACGCAAAUUCGCAUCACCCCCAACUCCUCCUGUCCCACGACCGCCAAAGCGUGAAGUGGACACACUCGGCGGUGACGCUGCCUAACUCGCACAAAAGAUUUGAAAAAAACACUUGCGUGGUGGGAUGCCAGGAGUUCACCAUCGGGCGCCAUUUCUGGGAGGUCAAGGUGAUCGGCCAGGGGGAUUGGGCCGUGGGGGUCGCCAGAAGCUCCGUGAAGAGGAAGGGCUACUUCAACCUGUGCACCAAGGAAGGGGUCUUUGCCGUGGGCAAGCUGGAGCAGCAGUACAGGGUCAUCGACGUCCCGCAUCGCGUUCAUCUGCUGCUGGACGGAGAGCUCAGGAGGAUCCGGGUGUCCGUGAACUGCUCCGGUGGGGAAGUUAACUUUUAUGAUGUGGCAACAGCCACUAGGAUCUGUGGGUUCACCGAACUGGCCUGCUUCCAAGAGACCUUUCUCCCCUUCUUCUGGCUGAACGGACCAAUCCAGCUGAGUCUUAAGCAGUAG